GGGUUGAGGAAGCAUAAUAGACAUUUAGACAAAUAUAAAUAAAUGUAUUGAAUAGAAUAUUGUUUAUCUCCUAAGAUAAUAAAAAACAAUGAAAACAAAAACGCACAAUUAGCUGUUAUGAGUCAAGUGUCUUGUUAGCCUACUUUGUUAAAUUAUAUAAAAUGAAUUUAAAUGCAGAUAUAUCAAGUGCACUCCAACUGCUGGAAGAUAUCAAGCAAGGGGUCGGGGAUCUAGGUGACCCUAAGCUGCAGAUGAACACUUACCAAGAUCUAAAAGCCUUAUUAUCAAUAUUGGAAAAUCCUGUAUUUAGGAGUAUUGUCACAGUUCAAGACUCAUUAAGUGAAUUAAACCAACAAUUAAUACAGCAUCCCUCAAUAUUGCCAGUAGAUUUUGAUAUAACUUCAGGGGGUGACCUAGUUCUAAAUGUCCCACCAGCAGGAGAACUGUAUGACUCUGACUAUAAUGCUUUUGGUAAUAGAGACUAUGAUGAACAAAGAGUGCCUUCUGCACCAAUUUCUCCGAAUUCACCCCAAACUUCAGCUUUUACUGCAUCAAAUAAUAAGUUACUUUCUUUACUCAAUAGUCAAAAACUCAAUGGAGCAAUAAAUCAAGAGGCUUUAAGACUAUUGGGUGAAACUGGUUUUAAUGCACAUGAAGAGGACUUGAUCCACAGGUCACCUUCAGUGGGGAGUGAUACAUCAAAGACAGGAUCAGACAGCCUGCCAAAUAGUGAAUGGUCUCAAGUGGAAAGCAUAGAUUUAAUAAAUGAUGGCACUGGGUUGGGUUUUGGUAUAGUGGGUAUGAGAAAUAUGGGGGUUGUAGUAAAAACAAUUUUACCAGAAGGUGUAGCUGACAGGGAUGGAAGGUUGCAGAGUGGUGAUCAUAUUUUACAGAUUGGAGAAGUAAACCUUCAUGAAAUGGGUUCUGAGCAAGUUGCAAUGGUUUUGAGGCAAUCUGGUACACAUGUACGGUUAAUUGUAGCCCGCCCUAUUGAAUGGUCUUCUCCAGAUUUUAAAUAUCUGGGAAGUUCUGCUCCCAUAGUGCCUACUAAACUUUUACAUGACGCGACUGAGCUUGAUCGAUAUCUAAUUCAGCAUAAGUACCCACCUGUGUUCCGACAAAAUAGCGACGUAUUACCCACAGAUCUGGCUAAAUCUUACGGAUUAUCUCGAAUUCCUGCAUCACCUUCACUUCCCUUGUUGAACCUUGAUGUAUCUGUAAAAAUGCCUGAGAUGGAGAAAUUUGUUGUUGAGCUUCAAAAAGACACCAAUGGCUUAGGUAUUACUAUAGCAGGUUACGUCUGCGAGAAAGAAGAAUUAUCAGGUAUUUUUGUAAAAAGCGUUAGCAAGAAUAGCGCUGCAGACAUGAGUGGAAAAAUCAAGGUCAAUGAUAGAAUUGUCGAAGUAGACGGACAAAGCCUGCAAGGAUUCUCCAAUAAACAGGCCGUUGAGGUGCUGCGAAAUUGCGGAAAUGUAGUAAAACUGUGUUUAGAAAGGUAUCUCCAUGGACCAAAAUAUGAGCAGCUUCAGCAAGCCAUUGCAGCUAGUGAAAUGAAGCCACCAUCGCCGAUAAUUUCAACACGAUAUCACAAAGAAGAGGAAGGAAGUCUUUCUAAUGCAACCAGUGAGCUCUUUUGUGAGUAUAUUAAUAAAGAUAACUCUCUAGUGCUCUCUGAUGAAGAGCUGAAAGAGAAAUGGUCUAUGGUUUUGGGACCUGAUGUCCAAAUUGUGAUCGCUAGAAUAAAAAAGUUUGGAGACCGAGGAGGUUUGGGAAUAAGUCUCGAAGGCACCGUAGACGUUGAAGAGGGCCGUGAAGUCAGACCUCACCAUUAUAUCCGUUCCAUUUUGCUUGAAGGUCCUGUCGGCAAAAAUGGUACUCUUAAAUCUGGAGACGAGUUGCUUGAAGUGAAUGGUCAUCAGCUAUUGGGAAUGAAUCACCAUGAAGUAGUCAGCAUUCUCAAAGACCUACCUCUAGAUGUCUGCAUGGUCUGUGGUAGGAGCCCAAACAACAUAUUUAAAGAAGAAACAUACGAAACUUAUCCAGAACGGAGUGUGCUAACACGCAGCCUUAAUAAUCUUCUUCCAGCUUGUGAUAGGUUAGUUAAAGCCAAAUCUGACGGAUCCCUUGCUAGUAGCAUAGCUGUAGCUGGUUCCUCUGAAGUAUCUUUUUCAAAAAUGAAAUCCAGAAGCCUAGAACCUCUCACAGGGUUAGCUAUGUGGAGCUCGGAUCCUCAAAUUAUUGAGCUAGUGAAAGGUGAGCGUGGUCUAGGCUUCUCGAUCCUAGAUUAUCAAGACCCCAUAGACCCUAAUGAUACAGUUAUAGUUAUAAGAAGUUUGGUGCCUGGUGGGGUAGCGCAACUCGAUGGUAGACUGAUCCCGGGUGAUCGUUUGUUGUUUGUUAAUGACACAGUGUUAGAAAACGCUACUUUAGAUCAAGCGGUACAAGCUUUAAAAGGCGCACCCAAGGGCGUAGUCAGGAUAGGCGUCGCAAAACCCUUGCCUAUUCCAGAUAACGUGGCUCAUGGAUCCCUGAUCGAUGUAGAUCCUGAAAGGUUUCUGAUUUCAAAUAGUUCAUUUAAGUAACACCGAGAUACGUUGUAUUCAUUUAAAUACUCCAUUUUACAUUUUUUUUUAUAUGUAUAGUCAAUUUUAGUUUAAGAUUGAUGGGAGAAACAAACCUGCAUGUUUAAGAAAACUUUAUAUACCUAUUUAUGACUCUUUUAAAGAAAUAAUCUUUGGGAUCUGAUAACAAAUAUAUCAAAUAUUAUUUUUACAAUUUUGUUUCUGCCUUCACACCUCCACACAUCAUUAUUAUAAAUCAUAUUCACAUCCUAUUUUGGACAAAUAGUUACAUUAUUAAAACAAUUUUCCAGUUUUAUGCAUAUUUAUCAAUUAGGUUUAGUAAUUAUUAUUUUCUAGCAAUUAUUAUUCUUUUUAAAAGUGCUAGGAAAAUGGGCAAUAAUUGUUUGAAAAUCAGCAUUUCCUUUCGGCCAAUAAUAUAACCCUUUUAAGUACGUCUCUAGUUAGAAAAGACUAUACCAGCUGUAUUGCGCUUGUUCUAUUCUACAACCUCACUUUAAUAGCUUGGUGGUUCUUUCGAAUAUUUAGGUAAUAGCAGGUAGUUAGGGCUCUCAUCAAUCAAAAUGUGCAUUUUUUUUUGUUUAUUACCAUUAAUUAGUAAUAUGUAUUAUCAACACUCACAAGUAUUUAUAUAGGUUAGUAUGGCAAUAAUAUAUAAAGUUAAAAAUGCAAUCAAUAAUACUUUAGACUUAAAGAAUAUUGUCAUCUUUAAAAAUUACAGGUAUUGAUUUAAGAGAAAUAGACAUAGAUUUGAAGGAAGAUUCUAUUAUAUUAAAUCCUAAUUUUCUGCAUGCCUCCCAAAGUUUGGUACACUUCAAAAAUUGCAAUCUUAUACUACUAAAACAUGUUUGACUGCUGAACUUCUUUUCCUUACAUUUUGCUAGAAACUCCGACAUACUAGAAGCAACUUAAGCCUUAUUAUUUGACACUAUUUCUUUUACUAUUAUGCAUAUUUUGAGAUUACUUGUGUAUACUGCAACUUGUUUGUAACGUUUCAAGGAAACAUUAAAACGGGAAAGUUAAUGGAAUUAUUUUAUUUACAUCUAAUAUUGUUUUACUAUUGUGCUCUUUCAUUCCAAAGAUUAAUUUAUUGACUUUAUGCAGUUAAUUAUAUUGAAUUUUAGUUCAUUGAAUCUCUGGCCUUAAAUACUAAACCUUAGAAACUUAAGAGCCUUAAGAACUAAAAUAAAAUCCUCUUUUAAACCUAUAAUAUUUUGAGUUAAAUUAUAUAUUUGUAUAUUUUUAGAUGGUUAUAUAACUGAUAGUGUAAAAGUAAUGACUUAAUAAUUAUGGCUGUUUUUUAAAAAAUUAGUUAAUUAUAAGUUAUAUAACACCGGUCGAAAGUUUCGGGUUCGGAUUUAUUUAAAAAAUUUAUUUAGUAAAGGUAAAAAACCGUAUGGAAAUUUAUUCAUAUUUAUUUUCUGGUAAAGGGUUAAACUUAAAAUCAUUCACACUGUAAGUGAAGCUGGCAGCUUGAACUAGUAGGAAAUAUUUUGCCUUCUUAAAAUAAUUAUAUAUUUAAUAGAAAAAAUAGAUUAAUAUUUAGCAAAGACAGGUAAAAAAAAAUAAGCGUUUAUAGAUAAUAUUCCUAAUAAUAAUAGUAUCGAUAUCAUAUAAAUAGUGAGAUAGAUUAAUUAUUACUGUCAACUGUCACUGCCCUAAAUAAAUCUAAAGUCAAUCUAUUACAUAGGUGACUUUACUAUUUAAACUUAAGUUUUCCUGCAUAAAUAUUUGGUUUAAGAAUUUUAAAAUUGGUUUAUUCUGGAGUAUUAAGAUAAAAAUGCUCACCUUGAGAGUGAGACCUUUGUUUUUUAAAUUUUACAUCUAAAAUAUUUGAUUGAUUAAAUAUUAUACACGCAUUCUUUGAUUCACUUAGUUCCCUCGUCAUUAUGCGUGAUCUUGUUAUGCCAGUCACUAUAUUUAACACUUUGGUUGACAAGUGUUGGUUAGUUUUUACUGACGUAGAUAAGUAGUGUUUUAUUUUCGUUGGUUGGCGUUAGUCCUUGUCACAUUAAAUAUAAAAAUUAACGGUUUUUGCUUUUAAUCUUUUUAUACUUCCCCUAUUGGUUUAGGAACGUACAUAAUAUUCAUGCUAAAUUACUAAUUUCUAUUAAAGUUUGAAUCAAAAAUAGCGGUGGACGCGCGUCUGAAUUUUUUUAGAAGCAAAGAAUUUUUUUUUUAAUGAAAACAUAGAAACAGAAAAAAGAAUAAUUUAAAAUUUAGACAAAAACAGUUAUUAUGAAAUUGAAAAAUAUAGUCUGUCGUAACAAAUCUACAUUUUUAUCUACAUUUAAAAUCCUCAAAAUAUCCUUCUUCAUAAGAUGUGCCUCCGCCUUUUAAACUUAUAUAUAAAUAUAUAUACAUACUUAAUUGUAUAUAUACUCUUUGAACGAAAUCUACUUAAAUGUGGUUAUACUGUUAAAGAUAUAUUGUUAAUAUUAGAAUUUUAAUUAGAGAAAUAGUCUUGUCUUAUAGCUAAUUGACUGCUAUAAUUAAGGGUUUGUUUAAAUCUUGUUUAAUUAGUUAAAAAAAAUACUAAAAGCCAUUGACAAAGAGUGAUGUGGUAUAAAAGACUUUAAAAUCGCCUAUUCGUUGUUUCAAUUCUUUAAGAAAAUUUUAAUACAAACAUAGUAGGAUUUUUCUGAGAAAGGAAAUGGGGUGUCUUAUCUAAAUACACCAUUUGAGAAAUAAGUAUUAGUAACUUAACAAUGAUAUUUUAUAAAUUACAAUCCUUAUCAAGAAAUGCUAAUGGAAGUAAAAAAAGUAUAUAUUUAACCAACUGUAGGUAAUCUUAAACUACUCUACUUAGUGAUAUAGUUGGGCCAAUUUUAUAUAUCAACUCUGUAAGCAAAUUUUGUAUAGGUAGGCAUAUAGCAUUACAUAAAAAUAAUAUAGCAUAUUAAUAUUUUAGAGAUCGCUUCCAAUGCCCCUUUUCCUUGUGCAAGAUUUACAAUUAUCAGUUUUAAUAUUUAGGUGAAAUUUAUGUUUUAAAUCUCAUUUAUUUAUUACAUCGCAUACUGCAUUUUAUAUUUUUAUCGAUUAUUUCCUUAUCGCGAAUUUGUGAUAAAAUGAUAAUAGAAAUAAAAAGCUAUAUAAAAACAUGUUGUUGUUAAUACAAAACUCUUAGCAAUAAACAUUUGUAUAAAUUUACUUGAAUAAAUACAUUCUUAAGGUUU